GCGUUUUUGUGUGGAUGGAUGAAUGAGUGGGUUGGCGCUUGGCUGCAGCGGCGGUUGAGCUGCUUUUAGGUGCCCCAUGCAGCUCAGGUCGCACAAUGCCUAUCUAUGUCCAGUAAUGUAAUAAUCUGUCUGCCACAAUAUUUCCAGCACUGGCCGGCUGGUAUGUAUCCUGCCAUCCUUUGGCCGCUCCCCGGAAAUAACACAUCUUUGAAGCGCUGGCUCAAGGCUCUACUAGCGGCAGAGCCGCCCUGAUGAGUUAUCUUAAGUUACCCAUCGAUUCCAGCUAAGGCCGUAAGUAUAACCCUAGAGUUCUCAAAAGUAACACAUACAACACGAUGGCUCUAUCGAAGUUCGGAUUCGGAAUUGAGAUCGAGGCUGUUGUCAAACCACUACAUCAUCAAUCAACUGAGAGCGCUCCACCCCAAGCGUAUUACGAAAUACUCGCAUCAGAAUUGAGACGCAAUGGCCUUCCUGCAGUUGCAGACCGUUUGAACCAAGCAUGGCAGGCCCAGCAUCCAGACCAUUACGAUAAAUGGUUUAUCACAAAGGACGGCUCCCUUCAUGGAGAGCCAGACGAAAUCUGCCUAGAGGCUGUAUCCCCAGUGAUGAAAACGAACAGGCGCGACUGGAAGGAAAACCUUCGAAUAUUCUGGUUGGCAAUGAAUGCCGUCUUCGAUGUUCAAAGGAAUUUCACAUGUGGAAGUCACAUACAUGUCGCACCCCAAGGACGAAAAUUCAGCAUGGCGGAGUUGAAGACAAUCGCGUUCGCAGUCAUCACACAAGAGCACAUGGUCAAGUCGCUCUUGCCUCGCGCUCGCAGCACAAAUGGCUACUGUCAGCGAAACUCCAAACUUUCGCCAAAGCUGAUAGACUACUUCAGGGAUGGCAAGAACGCCAGGAGCUUCGCAACAGUCAAAACGGCGAUACAAAGAAUGACAACCCGGGCUCAGAUCUUAGACCUUAUGCAAGGGAUUGAGCGUUUUGUGAUCUGGAACUUCAAGAACAUCGAAACAACCCAUACCAUCGAGUUUCGCGGAGGCAGGCAUUUGCGUGGGCCGAACAGAACAUUCUGGUGGAUUGCAUUUGCAGUAUCUUUUAUUUCACUCGCAUUGAAAGAGAACACAAUAGGAGAUUCCAAAAUCCCUUUGUAUGUCAUUCCUCGCGUUUCGGAGGCCUACACCAAAAGAAUGAAGAAAUUUUGGACUGCAAUCAUAGCAGAGGCUGAAAGAUUACACAUGGGUGGUCACCUCCCGGAGGAUUGGCACAGAAUGAAAGAGCUCGCCACUAGUAUAAGAUCUUAGAAGACUUCUAGUGUAGAUACAAACAAACUAGUCACGGUAACGCCCAGCUAGAGGGUAGCGCAAGCACGAUCUGUUCAAUGUAGUUU